CAAUCUUGUCUAAGAAAGAAACAAUUUCAGUAUUUUGGUGAUAAAAGAAAGCCAGAAGUAAGGCGAAUUCUGGCGAAUAUUAUUUAGUUUCUAUGUCAACUUCAUUCAAAACCAUAACUGAUAAGCGGAAGUAAAGAAAUAAUUUUAAAGAAAUUUCAAAUUCCCUUGAGAAUGGAAAUACGGAAAAGUGAAGGUAAAACAUCCCUCGCUUCUGUGGUGACUGACAUAUGAUUAUAUGCAAAAAAAUAACACUAAUAAAUUACUGGAUAAUAUAUAUUUGAUAUCAACCUUAAAAUAUUGUAAAGAGAGCAGUCAGAUCAUGGCUAAAUAUGAAAAUGUUGAUAUUUUUCAAGAUGAUAUAGAUUUUAGCCAAGACGAUUUUAGUGUAGGUGUUACUCAUUUUAGUCAAGACAAUAUACUUGGAAAUGGACCUGGUGAUGCUCCCCAAAACCUUAACCCUAGGAAUAUAGUAAAUAAAUACAUAGCCCCCUCACUGAAGAAAAAGAAUAAAUUUCGCAACAAAAUAGAAAGGAAGAAGUUAAAAAAGAAAUUUAGUAAAAUUAAUACUAUUCAGCCAGUAGCGGACAUUGCCAGUGCAUCAGGCAUGCAAGACCAAACAGAAGAUCUAGGGGCUAAACCACAGACCAGUGAAGCUCCAACUUCUUCCGGUUCGGCUAUACCGAUAUUGGAGAAUAGUAUUCAUAUCAAUGUAAGGAACAAGAUGAAAGAAAUAAAAAAGCAAAAGCUCAACUGGAAAAAGCAGGAUAAUAAUGCACCUGCCUCUGCCCAAGUUGGGAAUCCGGCAAUGCCACCCAUUAUGACCAAUGUCCAAGCUGGGAAUCCGGGAAUACCACCCAUUAUGACCAAUGUCCAAGCUGGGAAUCCAGGAAUGCAACCCAAUAUGGCCAAUGUUCAAGCCGGGAAUCCGGGAAUGCUACCCAAUAUGAUCAAUGUCCAAGCUGGGAAUCCUGGAAUGCCACCCAAUAUGGCCAAUGUCCAAACUGGGAAUCCGGGAAUGCCACCCAAUAUGAUCAAUUUCCAAGCUGGGAAUCCAGUAAUGCAACCCAAUAUGGCUGCCGCGACUGGUCCUGCUUCCAGUCUAGCUCCGGCACCGUUUAACACACAUGCACUUCAGCCCAACGUCAGGAGUACGGCUGAUGACUUUUUCUCACCACAUCAACGUAGAAUGAUGGACAUGUUGGAAACCAUAGGUUAUAAAGGUCCGAAAGGAAUACCGAGAACUUUUAUCGUGAAGCAAAUGCAAGAGCAGUAUAUGGAAAAUCAGACAAUGACCAAUGAAACAUCGCCAACAUAUCACCAAGAGUCCAACAUGGUAGAAGAGACGAAUCGUGCCACAUCACCAAUGUUUGAUCAAACUGACAGCGAUAGUGUACAACAACCGUAUUCACCUUCUGAUAUUUAUUCCGAGAAUGCUAACCCAGAGCCCGUUGAAGAGACAGAAUCGUCAGAAGGGAAUCAAAACAAUCAGAAGCGCCUGAGUGCGUUCCACAGGUUAGGUCCUGUGUCUCAGCCGAAGAAACCUAAGCUUACUAUCAAUUUGAACUUGAAUAAGGAUCAGCCUGUCAGGGAAGUCGUGGACGAAACGAACGAUGACCCUGAGAAAUAUACUCCAACGCAUCUCCGUAAGAACAUAAUAGCGAGCACUGACGAAACAGUCAUGAAGUACCUGCCUUUCUGGCCCUGGAAGAAGAAUUUUGGGAUCAGAAAAAGUGUUACCGCUAGGAAUUCCAAGACUGCCAUGUUGAUAGAACAAGAGAAAAUGGAGAAAAUGUACGAAAAAGAUAACGCCUUCAUUCAAAUUUCGAUCAAAGGUUAUCCCUCAUCGUGGACUAAAGAGCAAGUAUUGGAUGCUGUACUAGACUGUGUGAAAGAAUAUAGCCUUAUACCGUGCUUUGUAGAGUUCUACCAACACGAAUGCAAGUUCUUAACCCUACGAACGCGUUCGGCUCUCAUAAUCCUUCACAAGACCGGUUUCUACAUACACAAAGAUGGGGUCGAAUUGACUGUCACCAUAUCUGUCACUGAUUUAACCCUGAACUUGAUCGAUUUUAUACCGAGGUUAAUUUUGAGGAAACGGAUGGCUAUGGGACACAUGGAUAAGAAACUUAAUCUUAGCGCGUUUACCUUGCAAGAUGAUAUAAGCCAUUUCCUUUACUUCCCUCUAAACCGGCUGAGUAACCAGAAAGAGUUCGUUCAAGUAGACACUGUCAUCGAAUGGAGUAAACUGACUGCGUUGGAUAUCUCACAUAAUAGACUUAAGGACAUAUCUGGCUUUGAUCUUCAAAACGUGACGCCAAACUUAAAACAUUUGAACUUAUCCCACAAUUAUCUGGAUAAGAUUAUAUCGCUAAUCAAUUGUAGAUCUUUGCCUCUUAAAUCUAUACAUUUGGAGGGGAACCCUUUAUGUCUAGACUAUAUCGACCCAGAACACUAUAUCAAAGUACUCCGCCUACUGUUCCCAGCUAUAACUGAAAUUGACGGCGUACCAAUACAACGUAGCGGUGAAAUGCCACAAUUUAAAAGGAACUACUGUCCGGACGAGGCUAAGGCGGUUACAGAGAAGUUUCUGGAAAUAUACUUCCCUUUGUUAGACGCGGGACCUGAACAUAGGUCCUUAAUACAAGGCAUGUAUGAAGAUGAUGCUUCUCUAACUAUCACCUACUGUUAUAAGUUGCGCUACAGUCAAACAUACAGGUUAUUUCGAAAUCUGUUCCUCUACGCUCGAUUUCUCGAUGAAGGUGAGAUUGACUCGGUGACUGGUGCCAUGGCCAUCACUAAACUUGUGAAUAGAUGGCCGAAGAUUGAACAUGACCCUCAUUCAUUCAGUGUCGAUGUUAUGUCUCAUACGCCAUCAACGACAAUCCUUCGAGUCAGUGGCAUGUUGAAAUUGAUAGCAGAAACAGAAGAUGACGACGAGCACCUUCUAGCGUUCACAAGAACUGUAGUCCUACAUUCUGAAGACGGCGACGAGUAUAAGAUACACAAUGAAAUGGUCUACUGGGACGAACCAACCGCUGCAUCUGCCAGGUCCGCGUUCCGAGUCAGUAGUACUGUCCCAAAUAAGCAAAUUAAUCUAAAAAUAGAAUCAACAACUGAUGAAGAUCUUCGGGAUAAAUAUCUACAAAUCUUUAUGAAGUUUACAACAAUGGAUAAAAAAAUUAGUGAAAGGUGUUUAGAGAAGAAUGAUUGGAAUUUUAAACUCGCUCUCGAGCAUUUUACAAAACUGUUGAAGAACAAUAAUUUGGGAUCAUUAACACAAGAGGAACAAACUACUAACUAAAAAUGAAUAGACCAGAAGAACAAAGAUGAAAAAAAUAUUGUUUGUUGGUGAAUAAAAG